AUAGUAUAUGAAUUGAAGAGAAGUAUCGGGUCACCCCCACCAACCUAUUCUCUUCUUACACACAACAAAGUCAUCUCUCUUGACUUUUUUUUUUAUUUACCCUUCUCUCUCAAUUCUUCUUCUUCUUCUCCAUUUCCUCUUCUCAACCUGCUUCCUCCUCCUACGCUUCAUUUCUUCCUGUUUCUCAAUUUCUUAGCCAGGUGACUUUGGAACUGCUUUCUUUAGAAGAUAUUGAUUCCACUCGAAGCCGCAUUUGAAUUACAUCAUACUGUCAUGACUUGUUUUGCUUUCUUAUUUGGUAAGAAAGUGUCUUCUGAUGUAAGACGAGAUCCUGUAAUCGAUGAAGGACUUUCUGGCAUUCGAAUAAAAGUUUAUACUUACAAAGAACUAAAAGUUGCCUCUGACAAUUUCAGCCCGGCUAAUAAAAUCGGGGAGGGUGGUUUCGGUUCUGUAUAUAAGGGAGUGCUAAAAGGUGGGAAGUUAGCCGCUAUAAAAGUGCUUUCAACUGAAUCAAAACAGGGGGUGCAGGAAUUCUUGACCGAGAUUAAUGUGAUUUCAGAAAUACAGCAUGAAAAUUUGGUUAUACUAUAUGGAUGUUGUGUGGAAGGAGAUCACCGAAUAUUAGUCUACAAUUACCUUGAGAACAAUAGCCUUGCACAAACCCUUCUAGCUGGAGGUCACAGUAAUAUCUACUUCGAUUGGCAAACACGGUGUAGGAUAUGCAUUGGAGUUGCACGUGGACUUGCGUUUCUUCACGAGGAAGUGCAACCCCAUAUUGUUCACAGGGAUAUAAAAGCAAGCAAUAUUCUCCUUGACAAAGAUCUCAUGCCUAAGAUUUCAGAUUUUGGUCUUGCAAAACUUAUUCCAUCAUACAUGACUCAUGUCAGCACACGUGUAGCAGGAACAAUAGGUUAUUUGGCACCAGAGUAUGCAAUAAGGGGGCAGUUGACACGUAAAGCAGAUAUUUACAGUUUUGGGGUCCUCCUUGUAGAGAUAGUCAGUGGGAGAUCCAACACAAAUACAAGAUUACCAAUUGCAGAUCAAUAUAUUCUAGAAACGACAUGGGACCUUUAUGAGCGAAAGGAAUUGGUACAGUUGGUAGACAUAUCACUAAACGGGGGAUUUGAUGUUGAGGAGGCAUGUAAAAUUCUGAAGAUUGCACUUCUUUGUACUCAGGAUACUCCUAAGCUACGGCCCACCAUGUCUACUGUCGUCAAAAUGCUCACUGGAGAAAUGAAUGUUGAUGAAAGUAAGAUAACAAAACCAGGCUUGAUUUCAGAUGUUAUGGACCUUAAAAUUAGACAACCUAAAAAACUUAAAGAAACGGAGACUACAUAUUCAUACAAUGCUUCCUCUAGCUCAGAUAGCCAGGGUAAUACUACCAUGUCAUUGGCUGCUUCAAGUGCUGCAACAACUUCAAGCUUUACUGUGAAAUAUGAUUAAAGCGUGUAAACAUGACUAGUCAUCAGGGAUUUUCCAUUUUUAUUUAUUUUUCUUGAGGCGUGUUAUCUCAUGUAAAUUUGUUGACUUUUCUAUAAUCUUAUGUUAAAUUUAUUUGGUAAGGUGCCAGUAGGAAGUUUUGUUGUAAAAGUUUUGAGCAAAGGCCUCAAAUUAAUUAAAUAGUAAAGAUGAAGAUGUUUUCAUCUUUUUUAUA